UGAGACAGAGAUGAAAAUCAAAUUUAUGUUCUAUGAAGCUUAUUCAUAGCGAAUAACUCGUUUUUAGCUGAAACUGAAACAGAAAGAGAAACAAAAAGAAGAACCCGAAGUGUUGUUGAAUUUGAAUUUGAAUGGGGAAUCAAAAGCUGAAAUGGACGCAGGAAGAAGAAGACGCACUCAUUGCCGGAAUUGACAAACACGGCACAGGAAAAUGGAAAACCAUUCUCGUUGAUCCUCAGUUCGCUCAUUUACUCACUUCACGUUCCAACAUCGACCUCAAGGAUAAAUGGCGAAAUAUGAAUGUUUAUGUGAAUAAUGGCUCACAAGGUUCUAGUUCUAGGACUCCGAAACCUAAAGCUGCUCCUGUUUCUACCAGUGCCGUUCUUCAAAUUUGUGCUCCUCCUUCUGAUACUGUUGCUGCCUCUGAUCCUUCUCCAAUUGAACCAGAAGUUAAAAAUCCUCCAAGGUAUAAUGCCAUGGUUUUUGACGCUCUAUCUACAUUAAAGGAUACUAAUGGGUCCGACCUCAAUGCCAUUGCUAGUUUCAUUGAGCAAAAGCACCAGCAGGUUCCUCAAAAUUUCAGAAGGGCACUGAGUUCAAGACUAAGGACCCUUGUGAAUCAAGGGAAGCUUGAAAAGAUAAAUUAAUACUCUGUGAGAGGCUUAUGUGAUAUUGUAUGUCAUUGA